AAUCAAACAACGUGGCUCAGAUUGAGGCAAACAAUAAGGCUCCAUAUGGAAAAACAAAUCCAACUCUACCACCUAACCUAAAGCACCUGUAUUUAAAAUACAUGAUACAGUCAACUAACUCCCUCACAAAUUUGCAUGAACACAUAACAGCAGGAAGGGCUGUGAGUACAGGACACUCAAUGGAGUGCAGGUGGUAAAACCGGAUCGUUUGGAACAUACCUCCUUCUGUGCUUGGAGCUAUAGAAAAAGAAGAAACAUCCAGGUCAACAGCAUUUUUUUGGAGCUGAUAGAGGAACACUUGUGAAUAGUUGUUGUCUACUUCAAGGUGAGCCAUGCCCUGCCAACCCAGCAACUGGAGCCAUCAGCGCACAGUGAUCUUCGUCGGUUUAGUGUUUUUGUGUUUUCCAGUUAUUCUCUACAUAUACUACAAGCCUGAUAUCAAAUUUCCCGAUUUUAACAUUUCAUCGAUGAUUGGCCAUCAGCCCUGUCCUAAAUGUGUGCAUUCCCAGGAGCUACACCCAAACUGUUCAAACAAGGAGCACCCCGAUGACACCCAGAAGAUCCAAGUCGCGGCAGUGAACAAUGAGCCAGAUACUAUUUUAUUGAUCUGGUUUUGGCCAUUUGGCUAUAAGUUUGACAUCAGCUGCAGUGACUACAAUAUCACAAGAUGCCGGUUAACAGAUGACAGGAGUCUUUACAACAAAGCGCACGGAGUUCUCUUCCACCACAGGGACAUGCGUGGAAUUUCAAACUUACCAAAGAAGCCACGUCCCAGGUUUCAGAAAUGGGUAUGGUGGAAUAUGGAGUCCCCUGCAAACUGUGGUCAAAUCACUGAACUCAAUCAGCUAAUAAACUUGACAUGCAGUUAUAGGCUUGACUCACACAUUCCAGUGCAAUAUGGUUCUCUAGUGCCAGUGACACCUAAAGAAGAGACUUUCAAAUUGCCAGCAAAGGACAGGCUGGUCUGUUGGAUUGUGAGUAACUGGGGCGCCCAUCAAAGGAGAGUUCAGGUCUACAAUGAAUUAAAAAAACAUGUCAAGGUUGAAUGUUUCGGAGGAGGCUGUAACCAACGUAUAAGUAAUGACGAAUAUACAAAGAUAAUGAAGGGCUGCAAAUUUUACCUCUCUUUUGAAAACUCAGUUUACAAAGAUUACGUCACAGAGAAGUUAUAUUCUCCUUUGAUACAAGGAGCUGUGCCAGUAGUUCUGGGUCCUCCAAGAGAAAAUUAUGAACGCUUGGUCCCAGGAGAUUCUUUCAUUCAUGUCGAUGACUUUCCUACCGCAAAGGAACUGGCAGAGAGGCUACUUUAUCUUGACAAACACGAUGAUGAGUACAUGAAAUACCAUAACUGGAGAAAAUGGUACGAAGUAAAAAUGGGUUCGUUUGGCAAAGAGCAUGCUUGCAAAAGUUGCCGUUACAUACAAAACCACAGAGAGUACCAGCGUUUCAAUGAUCUUACAAAAUGGUUCUGGGGUUAACAGAACAUUAGAAUCAGGGACACUGACGAAAAAUGCUGUUGUUCUUUUCUACAUGCCAAAUUGACAGCAUUAAAAAGUUUUCUAUUUCUAUUUCUUUACAUGGAUGCUGCCACAGCAAUAGGAAAUUUGUAUUUACUAUUUAUAAUGUAAAGUAUUGUUCAACUGUCAUUAUGUUUAAUUAUACGUGUAAUAUUGCAAAUUCAACUUUAUUUUUUGCAAGCAUCGAGUGAACUGGAUGUUUGUAAGUCUUCUUCCAUUGAAUGGACUAAAUAU